GUUUCGCUCUCAGUUGGCGGUUAGCUAGCUUGCAUACUAGCAUCAGGUGCCCCUUGCCGAGCCGUACGUGUCGUCGUCGACGACGAUGGUGGCGGCGCCCAGCAAGUGCCGGCCGUCGGCGGCAGCGCUGGUGGUGGCACCGCCGGGGGCCCCUCGGCGCCAGCUGCGGUGCCGGUGCUGCGAGGACACGCUGGGCGUCCCGCGCCGCCGGCUGCAGCCGCAGCUGCACCUGAAGCAGCAGGCACCUGCGGCGACGACCGCCCCCGCCGCGGCGCCGCCGCCGAGGCCCCGGCGGAUCGUGCUGGUGCGGCACGGCGAGAGCGAGGGCAACGUGGACGAGGCUGCAUACACGCGCGUCCCGGACCCCAGGAUCGGGCUCACCGCCAAGGGCUGGCGCGAGGCCGACGACUGCGGCCGCCGCCUGCGCGACCUCUUCUCCUCUGGAUCCCGCGACCAGGACGACUGGAAGGUCUACUUCUACGCGUCGCCGUACCGCCGCAGCCUGGAGACCCUGCGCGGCAUCGGCCACGCCUUCGAGCCCCACCGCAUCGCCGGCGUCCGCGAGGAGCCCCGCCUCCGCGAGCAGGACUUCGGCAACUUCCAGGACCGGGAGCAGAUGCGGGUGGAGAAGGAGAUCCGGCAACGCUACGGCCGCUUCUUCUACCGCUUCCCCAACGGCGAGUCGGCGGCGGACGUGUACGACCGCAUCACCGGCUUCCGGGAGACCCUGCUCUCCGACAUCGUCCUCGGCCGCUUCCAGCCCCCGGGCCACCGCAGCACCAGCGGAGACAUGAACAUCGUGCUCGUCUCCCACGGCCUCACCCUCCGCGUCUUCCUCAUGCGCUGGUACAAGUGGACCGUCCGCCAGUUCGAGGGCCUCGAGAACCUCGCCAACGGCGGCGAGCUCGUCAUGCAGACUGGAGAAGGCGGCAGGUACAGCCUCCUAGUGCACCACACGCCCGACGAGCUCAGGGCGUUCGGCCUCACCGACGAGAUGCUGCAGGACCAGAUGUGGCAGAAGACGGCCAGGCCCGGCGAGCUCAACCACCGCUUCAUGACAAACGGACAGUCCUUCUUUGAUCCAUUUACUGUAAUCUACUAGUUCUUGACGACCGACCACAUGUUAUGUAUGUGAUAAGUGAUUAAAUGUUUUUUUUUAUGGCUGUA